UCAGUGACAUUCAGAGAUGUGGCUGUAGACUUCUCCCGGGAGGAGUGGGAAUGGCUCCAGCCUGCUCAAAGAGAUUUGUACAGACAUGUAAUGUUGGAGAACUAUGGCCACCUGGUCUCACUGGGUUUUAACAUUUCUAAGCCACAUGUGGUUUCCUUACUGGAGCAAGGGAAAGACUGGAGAAACCCGUGGCUGGGGAAAGAUGCGAGCAGAGGUCUGUUUUCAGCUUCAGAGUCAAAUGGUGAGAUCAAAGAGUUUUCUCCAAAAAAUGUCAUAUACGAAGAUGAUUCAUCCCAGUAUUUGAUAAGAUCUUCAAAUCUUUCAUUUGAAAGAUUUCUAAGCCAAGGCCUUGAGUAUUCCAAUUUUAAAGAAGGCUGGAAAUGUGAGGGUGAUACUGAGAUGCUGCAGGGAAAUCAGGGAUAUAUCAGGCAAGUGACAGUUUCCCAUCAAGAAGCCCUGUCUCAACAUAUGAAUGUUAGUACUGUGGAGAGACCCUAUGGAUGCCAUGAAUGUGGAAAAACUUUCAGUCGGCGCUUUUCCCUUGUGUUACAUCAGAGAACUCAUACUGGAGAGAAACCAUACGUAUGUAAGGAAUGUGGGAAAACCUUUAGCCAGAUCUCAAACCUCGUAAAACAUCAGAUGAUACAUACGGGAAAGAAACCCCAUGAAUGUAAAGACUGUAAUAAAACAUUCAGUUACCUUUCAUUCCUCAUUGAACAUCAGAGAACACAUACUGGGGAGAAACCCUAUGAAUGUACCGAAUGUGGAAAGGCCUUUAGCCGUGCCUCAAACCUCACUCGACAUCAGAGAAUUCACAUAGGAAAGAAACAGUAUGUAUGUAGGAGAUGUGGGAAGGCCUUUAGCAGUGGCUCUGAACUCAUUCGCCAUCAGAUUACACACACUGGAGAGAAACCUUAUGAAUGCAUUGAGUGUGGGAAGGCAUUUCGCCGUUCUUCACACCUUACCCGGCAUCAGAGUGUCCAUACCUCCAAAACCCCCUAUGAAUGUAACGAAUGCAGUAAAGCCUUCCGUUGCCACUCAUUCCUUAUUAAACAUCAGAGAAUUCAUGCUGGAGAAAAGCUCUAUGAAUGUGAUGAAUGUGGUAAAGUUUUCACAUGGCAUGCAUCCCUUGCACAACAUAUGAAAAUUCACACUGGAGAAAAGCCCUAUGCAUGUACUGAAUGUGACAAAACCUUUAGUCGGAGCUUUUCCCUCAUUCUACAUCAGAUAACUCAUACUGGAGAGAAGCCCUAUGUAUGUAAGGUAUGCAAUAAAUCCUUCAGCUGGAGCUCAAACCUUACUAAACAUCAGAGAACACACACUCUAGAGAACCCCUAUGAAUAUGAAAAUUCAUUUAACUACCACUCAUUCCUUGCUGAACACCAGGGAAUUCACACUGUAGAGAAAACCUAAGAAUGUAUGGAUUAAAAAAAAGCAGCUAAUGCCUUACUUUGACUUCAGAGAACUCUUGGAAAGAAGCCUUAUGUGAAUGUGCUUAUUGUGAUGAAAUGUGGUCUCUGCUUUAUUCAGUAUUCUGGAGAAAAACCCAAGGAAUGUAUGGGAAAGCCAUUAAUAGCUGCUCAUUCUUUUUGUAAUGCCAGAAGACGA